AUGUUUCUAUUGAAGGUGGUUUCGAGCUAUUCUUGGGAGUACAUCAUUGGUUGCUUCAUCAACCGUAGCAGCGCCAUCUGCCAAGAUUUGUCUACAUUUACCUUGCUGAACCUUGGUUUCCGGUAUCCUCAUAUAGAGAGAGAUCACUUGGUCAAGCUUCUAAGGCAACUGCUACUGAGUGUAGCCACUCCUUUACAUGGCAAGGUUGGAAGAAGUACUCUGAAUGCAGCUGAUGUCCCUACAUUGCUGGGAACUGGUGAUAGGAAUAAGGAAAAUAAGAGAGUUAAGCCCCUGCCAGCUCACCUGCGUUGGCCUUACAUGCAGGCUGAUCAAGUUCAUGGGCUUAGUUUAAGGGAAAUUGGAGGAGGUUUCACAAAGCAUCAUCGAGCUCCAUCCAUUCGCUCUGUGUGUUAUGCGAUUGCUAAACCAUCAACUAUGUUUGGAGAUGAUCUAGAGUGCAGUGCCUUGUCUUGUCUCUUGUCUGAGAUGAGGCCUGUUGAAAUUGUAAAACCUGCAAAUCUACUUAGUCCUGAAACAGAGAAAGUGCUGAUUAGGCAUACAAGAAGUCCUCUAGUCAAUGAGUUAGUCCCAGUAUUGGAAUUCUUGGAUGCUGAGAGAACUGUUCAGGAAGUUAGAAGUAUAUACAGGCGUGCAGAUGAUCAAUUGGUUUCUGGUUCUCCAAAGAAAGCCGGUUUUCAUGGCAGUGAUUCUCAUUUAGAAGAAGAUGGCUAUGGCUGCUUGCCAGAUGUGUUGUCAGAGAUGGUGAGAGCAGGUGAGAAUGGCAUCUGGGCACUUUCAGCUCUUGGAGGUGCUCUUUUCUAUUUAAAGCAGGCCUUCCUGGAUGAGACAAUACUCAGAUUUGCAAAAUUUGAGUUACUUCCAAGUUCUGGUGAUAUCAUAACAAAACCAUACAUGGUUCUUCACUCAGCUGCCCUAGAGAACCUUGAGAUUUUUGAGAACAACAGAAAUGGAGACUCUUCAGGGACAUUGUAUGCACAAUUGAACCACUGUGUUACUGGAUUUGGGAAGAGAUUGCUUAGAACAUGGCUUGCAAGACCUCUCUAUCAUGUAGAGUUAAUAAAGCAACGCCAGGAUGCUGUUGCAAGUCUUCAGGGAGUUAAUCUUCAUCAUGCACUUGAAUUUCGUAAAGUAAUUUCAAGGCUUCCGGACAUGGAGCUGUUGCUUGUGCGUGUCUUCUCUAGUAGUCAUGCUUGCGGAAGGAAUGCUAAGAAAGUGGUUUUAUACGAGGAUGCUGCAAAAAAACAGCUUCAGGAGUUUAUUUCAGCUUUACGUGGUUGUGAACUCAUGGCUCAAACAUGUUGUUCUCUUAAAGUUAUCUUGGAAAAUGCUGAAUCUGCACAACUUCAUCAUCUGCUGACACUGGGUAAAGGUUUUCCUGAUGUCAACUCAGUUCUAAAACAUUUCAAGGAUGCCUUUGAUUGGGUAGAAGCCAGUAAUUCAGGUCGUAUAAUACCUCAUGAAGGAGUCGAUAUUGAGUACGACUCUGCUUGUGAAAAAGUAAAGGAGAUAGAAUCUCAUUUAACAAAACACCUUCAAGAACAGAGAAAGUUACUGGGAGAUAAAUCGAUCACUUAUGUCACAAUCGGAAAAGAUUCUUACCUAUUGGAAAUGCCAGAAAGUCUGUGCAGUUGUAUUCCUCCAGAUUAUGAGUUACAUUCGUCCAAAAAGGGUUUCUCGAGGUACUGGACCCCAGAUAUUAAGAAGUCCUUGACAGAGCUCUCGCAAGCUGAAACUGAUAAGGAGUCCUCACUAAAAAGCAUUUUGCAGAGGUUAAUUGGACGUUUCUGCGAGCAUCGUCUUAAAUGGAGACAAUUGGUCUCUUUGACUGCAGAAACAGAUGUUUUAAUCGGUCUAGCAAUUGCAAGUGAUUAUUUUGAAGGACCCUCUUGUCAGCCAGUUGUCAUGAGUUCAUCAUGUACUGAUGAAGUACCUCGUUUUUCUGCAAAAAGUUUGGGCCAUCCUGUUCUUAGAAGUGAUUCUUUAGGAAAGGGUACAUUUGUAUCCAACGGCAUUUCCAAUGGAGGUUCUGGCCAUGCAAGCUUUAUCCUUCUCACUGGUUUUAACAUGGGUGGAAAGUCUACUCUUAUUCGCCAAGUUUGCUUGGCUGUGAUUUUUGCACAGUUAGGAGCAGAUGUUCCUGCAGAGAGCUUUGAGCUAUCUCCUGUUGACCGAAUCUUUGUUCGUACGGGUUCUAAAGAUAAUAUCAUGGUAGGCCAAAGUACGUUUCUGUCCAUUCUCUGAAGGAGCCUGACUUAGAAAUCUAUGUGUGCUUCUAUCCCAAGGAUUGAUUAUGAUUAGGAUGAUGAAAAGUCGCUGAAAUUGAGAAAAACUAAUAAAAAUGGAUUGAAAACUUUGAGUUUUAACGAUAAAGACAAA